AUGAACACAACUCCUGAUUAUCCUGCGGUGGACGGCUUGAAAGGCGCGUCACUUUCGACACAAUCGGGGAAAGAUAAACAAUAUGUUGAUACAAUUGCUAUCCCGAAUCCAGAGACGUCUGAUCAGCUAGAGCAGUUAAUAUAUAGGUAUCGUGCAAUUAUCCAUAAUGCUGAAGCCAAUCAAACGGAGAUUGAUGCUAUCGAACAAGUGUUCACGUGGGUGAGUAAUGAGCAUGAUAGGUAUGUUGAGCGGUUAAAGCAGUUAAGAGAUAGUAUUAAACAGGAUACGGUUUACGAUUCUGAGCUGUUGAAGAAGCAGCUUAUUUCGUUGCAAAUGUUGAGUAAGGAUAUGGAUAUUCCCGAGCGUUUGUUACAAGAUUUUGAAAAUGUUCUGAGUAGCGAUGAGAAUACCGGUGAGAAUUCUCCAAAUAUUAAAACUAUUGAAUGGUCUUUGGACUUUAACCAAUAUGCAGAGCGUCUUGGGCUAAAAGACAAAUUUUCAUCUAUCGGUUACCAUAAGAGCUCCUCGAAAUUGGGUGAGUACGAGCUUGAGACAACAAUAUCUGCUAGGAUUGCACAGCGUAUGAAAGAGUUGGAGACUUUGCCUUCGAAUUUGGGAACAUACUCAUUGGACGAUGCUCUUGACUUCAUCACCAAGGAAGAUGUUCCCUCUAGUAUAGACAAUUUGAGGAUUAAAGCCUUGAUAGAAUUGAUAGCGCUAAAACUGUUAACAAAGCAGAAGUCACUCAGACAGAAACUCAUCAGUAACGUCACAAGCCAGUCACAUCAAACUAUUCUUUAUCUUCGUGAUUCGCAGUUUGUAAUGGCUGCACAGAGAUCGAUCAAUGUUAGAACUAAAAAUAUUAUUCCUCAAACAGCGCGGUUGGCUGAGGAAUUAGAGAGGCAGCAGCUAUUGGAAAAACGUAAACAGGAGCGUAAUUUGAAUAGAUGGCGAGUAAACCAAAUCGUUGAAUAUAUUCAACAGAGACAGCAGGAAUUCUCAUCUCACAGGGAGCGUGCGACUCAGUUUGGUAGGAUAUGUGCCUCAAUUCAUGCUCAGAUGGAAAAGGAAGAACAGCGUAAACUAGAAAGAACCGCUAAACAGCGUUUGGCUGCCUUGAAAUCGAACGAUGAGGAAGCGUACUUGAAGUUGUUAGAUCAAACAAAGGAUACAAGAAUCACCCACUUGUUAAGACAGACUAAUUCCUUCUUGGAUUCGUUAGCUCAAGCCGUUAGAGUUCAACAAAAUGAAGCUAAAUUAAGAAGAGGAGAAGAAAUCCCACCAGUUACUGAUGAAGAGAGAGAGAAAAUUGACUACUACGAAGUUGCUCAUAGAGUGAAGGAAAAAGUUGAUAAACAACCUUCAAUGCUGGUUGGGGGCACCCUUAAAGAAUAUCAAAUACGUGGUUUGGAAUGGAUGGUGUCAUUAUACAACAAUCACUUGAAUGGUAUUCUUGCAGAUGAAAUGGGUUUGGGUAAAACAAUUCAGUCCAUUUCAUUAAUUACCUAUUUGUAUGAGGUUAAGAAGGAUAGAGGUCCUUAUUUGGUGAUCGUCCCUCUAUCAACGAUCACCAAUUGGACCUUAGAAUUUGAGAAAUGGGCACCUACUUUGACUACCAUUGUCUAUAAGGGUACUCCUAAUCAGAGACGGUCCAUGCAAUACCAAGUUAGAAGUGGUGACUUCGAUGUGCUACUAACAACUUAUGAAUAUAUCAUAAAAGAUCGGUCGAUUUUAUCUAGGCAUGAAUGGGCUCAUAUGAUUAUCGAUGAAGGUCAUAGAAUGAAAAAUGCUCAAUCAAAGCUAUCCUAUACAUUGACUCAUUAUUACAAGACAAGGCAUAGACUGAUUUUGACAGGUACUCCUUUGCAGAACAAUUUACCGGAAUUGUGGGCAUUAUUAAAUUUCGUUUUACCAAAGAUUUUCAAUUCCUCUAAAACCUUUGAUGAAUGGUUUAACACCCCAUUCUCUAAUACAGGUGGCCAAGAAAAAUUAGAAUUGACCGAGGAAGAAGCAUUGUUGGUGAUCCGAAGAUUGCAUAAGGUUUUGAGACCUUUCCUACUUCGUCGUCUGAAGAAGGAGGUUGAAAAGGAUUUGCCGGACAAGGUUGAAAAAGUCGUUAAGUGUAAACUUUCCGGUCUUCAGCAUCAAUUAUACGAACAAAUGCUGAAACAUAAUGCAUUAUUUGUUGGUGCAGGUACUGAGGGUGCUACCAAAGGAGGUAUAAAGGGUUUGAAUAAUAAAAUCAUGCAAUUGAGGAAAAUCUGUAAUCAUCCGUUUGUUUUCGAUGAAGUCGAAGGAGUCAUAAAUCCAACAAGGGAAAAUGGACCCUUGUUAUACAGAGUUUCCGGUAAGUUCGAAUUAUUAGAUCGUAUCUUGCCCAAAUUCAAGGCAACGGGCCAUAGGGUGUUAAUGUUCUUUCAAAUGACGCAGGUUAUGGAUAUCAUGGAAGAUUUCCUGCGAAUGCGGAAUUUAAAAUACAUGAGACUAGAUGGUGGCACAAAGGCAGAAGAUCGUACAGGUAUGCUUAAGCUUUUCAAUUCUCCAGACUCAGAAUAUUUCUGUUUCCUAUUGUCCACAAGAGCGGGUGGUUUAGGUUUGAAUUUGCAAACAGCGGAUACAGUUAUUAUCUUCGAUACUGAUUGGAAUCCACAUCAAGAUUUGCAAGCACAAGACAGAGCCCAUAGAAUUGGUCAGAAAAAUGAAGUGAGAAUCUUACGGCUUAUUACCACAGAUUCUGUCGAAGAAGUCAUCCUCGAAAGGGCGAUGCAAAAGCUUGACAUAGAUGGGAAAGUCAUUCAAGCAGGUAAGUUCGAUAACAAAUCCACCGCUGAGGAACAGGAAGCCUUUUUGCGAAGACUGUUAGAGAGUGAGACUAUAAGAGAUGAUGAUGACCAGGCUGAACUUGAUGAUUUGGAACUAAAUGAAAUCCUUGCUCGUUCGGAAGAAGAGAAAGAAUUAUUUGACGCUAUGGAUAGAAAGAGAAUGGCAAACGAGCUAAAAGAAGCUAAGGCUAAGGGCAUGAAGAAAGCACUGCCUAGGUUAAUUACCUUAGAAGAGUUACCUGAAGUUUUUACGGAGGAUAUUACUCGGCAUUUGCAAACAGAACCCGUAGCAGUAGGAAGAAUCAGAGAAAGGAAAAAGGUUUACUAUGAUGAUGGCUUAACGGAAGAACAAUGGUUACAGGCUGUUGACGAUGAUAAUGAAUCUCUAGAAGCAGCAAUCAAACGUAAGCGGGAAGCUCGGGAGAGAAGACAAAGAAAGAAGAUGGGUCUUGAUGGAGAUGGUGUGGUUGAUGGAACUCCAGAACCCUCUGUCGCAGCAGACUCUGAACCAGAUCAAACAGAAAAUAUUGAGCCGGCUGAAUCAGCCGAACCCGUGGAACCCGCUGAACCCGCUGAAACUGUUGAUUCUACUGAUCCUGUUGAUCCCCCAGAAACUGCCGAACCUACCGUUAUCAAUGGGAAACGUUCUCGCAGAGCACGGAGGAAUACGGCUGUCGCCGCUUCUUUUGGUGAACCGCAAGUUGAUGAAGAAGCUCCGAAGCCUGAAGAGCCGGAGAGAAAGAAGCCAAAGCUCAAAUUAAAGAUUAGUCUAAAUAAGACCAACGGUGAGCCCACUGAUACUACCUCUCCUUCUUCCGCGCCUACUGCGCCUUCACCAAAAAAGAAAGCCAAGAAGAGUACACAGGGACAAAGUCUAUUGGCUGAAGUUCAGAAGCUGGUUGAAGAAUUGAGACAGCAAGUCGACCCCACCGAUGGCCAUCCUCGAACCACUAUUUUUGAGAAAUUACCCUCUAAAAAAGACUAUCCCGAUUAUUACCAAGUCAUCCCCAACCCAAUUGCCAUUGAUACUAUUCUCAAGAACGCCAAGAAACGUGUUUACGCUGAUCUUGAGGCUGUCUGUAAAGACUUCCAAACGAUGUUCGAGAAUGCUAAGUUCUACAAUCAAGAGGGAUCUUGGGUUUACAAUGACGCCACUGAACUAAGCAACUACUUAAAGGCUUUCUUUGAAAAAUUAUAG